GGUUACUGUAACUUGUGACUUCUCUACGGGAUAAAUUCGAUUUUUCAGCGAAUUGGGGCGCAUAAAGUAACUAAUACAUCGAAUAAAAUAAAUUAAUCAGAAUAUUCAGAAGAUACAAAAUGGCCGUACGAGCGAGAAACGUAUCGAAAUUGCUGUCGAAAGUCAUAAAUGGUGUGCCCAAAGGCCAAAUUCGCCAGCUUUCUGCGGAGCCGGCCGAGAUCGAGUCGCGUCCCGACUUCCGCACCACCUGCACGAUGAUCCCCGGCGACGGCGUCGGCCCCGAGCUGAUGUACUCCGUCCAAGAGGUGUUCAAGGCGGCCGGCGUGCCCGUCGACUUCGAGGCCUAUUUCUUCUCCGAGGUCAAUCCGACGCUGAGCGCUCCGCUGGAGAAAGUGGCCGAGAGCAUAUCGAGGAACCGGGUGUGCCUGAAGGGCAUCCUGGCGACGCCCGAUUACAGCCACACCGGCGAGUUGCAAACGUUGAACAUGAAACUCCGGAACGCGUUGGAUCUCUACGCGAACGUGGUGCACGUGAAAUCCUUGGAGGGUGUGAAACUCCGACAUUCGGGCAUCGAUUGCGUCAUAAUCAGGGAGCAAACCGAGGGGGAGUAUUCGGCUUUGGAGCACGAGGGGGUGAAAGGGGUGGUGGAGUGUUUGAAGAUCGUCACGGCGAAGAAAUCGCAGAGGAUCGCGAAGUUCGCGUUCGAUUACGCGACGAAGAACGGCAGGAAGAGAGUGACGGCCGUGCACAAGGCGAAUAUUAUGAAAUUGGGUGACGGGUUGUUUUUGAGGAGCUGCGAGGAGAUAGCCAAAUUGUACCCGAAAAUCGAAUUCGAGAAAAUGAUCGUCGAUAAUUGCACCAUGCAAAUGGUGUCCAAUCCGCAACAGUUCGACGUCAUGGUAACUCCCAAUUUGUACGGUAACAUCGUCGAUAAUUUAGCGUCGGGUUUAGUCGGUGGCGCCGGCGUCGUCGCCGGGGCGUCCUAUUCGGCCAAUUGCGUCGUUUUCGAACCGGGCGCCCGUCACACCUACUCCGAAGCGGUGGGCAAGAACGUCGCCAAUCCGACGGCCAUGUUGCUUUGCGCCGCCAAAAUGCUGAGACACGUCAAUUUGCCGCGGUACGGCGACAUGAUUCGAUCGGCCAUCGAAAAGGUCCUCAAAGACGGCAAAGUCAAAACGAAAGACGUCGGAGGACAAUCGACCACCCAACAAUUCACCUACGCCGUCAUAAAUAAUUUGGACAUACCGAAGGCCUAAAGAUUAUUGCGCUAAAGAAUGUGUCAAAUGUGUCAAAAGUGUCAAAAGUGAGCUAACGUUUUUACCGAAUAACGUUGAUAAAAAAAUGACAGAUUCGUAAAGAUCGUCGAAAUGGACGUUAAAUUUUCUUAAAUUCGUUCUGGUUUAAUCAAAAAAUGACACUUUUGACACGUUUUAUAAAUAACGCAGUGUAUACAACGUACAGGGUGUUAAUUAAUUGAGCGCUGAUACUUCAGGUUGUCAAUAUUUAGUUAAACUUGAAGUAUCGACAAUCAAUUAAUUAACACCCUGAAUAGUAGAAUUCGUCGCUUUGUGAGAAUGUAAAGAAAAAGCCGUAAAAAACGUCAAAAAAGGAUCAUUAUUUCUAGAACUGUCUGGAAUUAUUUAGAACGAUUCGUAAGUAUAUUCAAAAACCGUUUUUGGGCGGUUCAAAACAGUUCAAAACGCUUUAGAACGCAUUCUAGAUUAUUCAGAACUCAUCAUUAUGGCAUUUCAAAAUUUCGGAACAAUUUAGAACGUCUCAUAGUAAUUUAGAACUCUCUAGAACCAUUUAGAACGCUUCAGAAUCAUUUAACUGUCCAUAACGUUUUAGAAUUCUGCAGUAUUCUAUUUCCAAAAUUCCUUGUGUGAUUUUUUAAAAAGCUUUUUUUUUAUUCUCU